CAAACCAAUAUUUUUUUAAUAUUAUUGAUUCCAUGCAGCUUCCUAGAAGGAAGCUCACACUGAAAGGUGCAAGAAACUCACCGCAAUCAUAGAUAAUCUUGUUCAGCUAUCUCUGCAAAUUUGUGCCCUUUACUGCUCACCCUUUGCCCUUUCCAUCUUAUAUAAUCCUUGAAUUCUCUCGCUUUUCAUCAUCUCCCACCUCAAAAACACCCUCAAGAUAUCAAAAUAAUCUUUGUUUUCAAGAUCAAAUCCUGCUAGAAAUGGAAGUUGAAGGUGAAGUACUGCAAUUUGAGGACUACUUCCCUUCCAUGAUGGAGGGUUUGGGGGCUGAGGGCUUCAUGGAAGAGCUCUGCCAAGGGUUUCACUUGCUGAUGGAUGUGGAAAAAGGGCUCAUCACUUUCGAGAGCUUGAGGAGGAGCACCUGGCAGUUAGGGUUGCAGGAGAUGGGAGAUGAUGAGCUUGUGUGGAUGCUGAGUGAGGGAGACUUGGAUGGAGAUGGGGCUCUCAAUCAGACUGAGUUUUGCAUUCUCAUGUUGAGAUUGAGUCCGGGUUUGAUGGAGGGACCCAAGCAGUACUGGAUGGAGGAUAUGUAUACAUGAAUGAGAUGGAAGCUCUAGGGUUUUAGCUAGAUAUGUAUGGUACGCUAUUCAUGGCUUCUUUCAUGUCUCUAAAUCUCACCCUCUAACUUGUUACAUGGUGUUGUUACUGGAUUAGAGAAUAAAAAGUAGAGUUCCUUGGGAUUU